GCCUCGUUUUAAAUCUGAAUCUGAGGCCUCGUUUAAUUACUAAUGACCUCUGCUCUUUUUUUUUUUUUUGAGGUGAAAGUCCAUCGCAACUCGAAAUAGAAUUCACCUGCUUGAGGUAAGAAGUCUAAACUCACACUCCAUACCACCGGGAGUAGGCGUGAGGGUCAGUUUCAGUUUCAAAUUGAAAACAAAUAUUUCCGUUGACCGGUGUGGCUUAUUAUAUAUAAUAUGAGACGAUGUGGUAGGAAUAACAAACACCGAGUGGGUGAGUAUCAUAGAGAGAGAAAGAGCGUUAACGUUUAUUGGUUGAAAUGGCCGGAGUGCAGUCGCGAGGGAAGUCCAUCCGAUGCAGAGCUGCGGUUGCUCGGAAAGCAGGGGAGCCUCUUGUGAUAGAGGAGGUGAUGGUGGCCCCUCCCCAGCCUCGAGAAGUUCGCAUUCGGAUUAUCUGCACCUCUCUCUGUCACAGUGACAUCACUUUCUGGAAUUUGAAGGAUCCUCCUGGAUUUUUCCCCAGAAUAUUCGGCCACGAAGCUGUCGGGACCAUCGAGAGCAUUGGAGAGGAUGUAGAUGAGGUAAGUGAAGGAGACUUUGUCAUCCCAACAUUCAUGUCAGAUUGUGGAGAAUGUGCAGAUUGCAGAUCCAUGAAGAGCAACCUUUGUUCAAAACUCCCUUUCAAGGUGUCUCCUUGGAUGCCUAGAAAUGAGACUAGCAGAUUCACGGACCUUAAAGGAGAAACUUUAUACCAUUUCCUGCAUGUGUCAAGUUUUAGCGAGUAUACAGUGGUAGACAUUGCUCAUGUAACAAAAAUUGACCCUGGAAUCCCGCCAAAUAGGGCAUGCCUCCUCAGCUGUGGAGUAUCGACAGGUGUAGGUGCUGCUUGGAGAACAGCAAAUGUUGAAGCAGGAUCCAUUGUUGCUAUAUUUGGGCUGGGCGCAAUUGGAUUAGCGGUUGCAGAGGGAGCAAGACUGUGCGGAGCAAGUAGAAUUAUUGGCGUGGAUGUGAACCCAGAAAAAAUUGAAAUGGGCAAAAUAUUUGGAGUUACUGAUUUUGUCAACCCUGACAGCUGUGGGGAUAAACCUGUGAGUGAGGUGAUAAACGAGAUGACUGGCGGCGGUGCAGACUAUUGCUUUGAGUGUGUUGGUUUGGCAUCCUUGGUGCAUGAAGCAUUUGCUAGCUGUCGAAAGGGUUGGGGAAAGACAGUUGUGGUGGGAGUGGACAAGCCAGGGUCACAAUUGAGCUUUAGGUUUCAUGAUAUCCUUCAGAGCGGGAAAACUCUCACAGGUUGCCUGUUUGGAGGUCUCAAAGCUAAAUCAGAUAUUCCCAUCCUUAUCAAACGUUACAUGGACAAGGAGCUUCAACUAGAUCAAUUUGUCACACAUGAGAUAAGCUUUGAAGACAUCAACAAAGCUUUUGAUUUCCUAAAUGAAGGAAAGUGCCUCCGUUGUGUGAUUUGGAUGGCAAAUAAGUGAAAACUUAUUCUCAUUUUAGUUGUCUGACGGCUCUAAUUUUUAUGCGUGAUUAAAUGUAACUUCAAUACACAAGUUUUGGCGCUCAAUAGAAUUGGGCUUUUUCCAAAACACGCACACCUUCCGAAUUUAUAUGUUAUAUUUGAACUUGAUUUGCCAGAUCUUUGAAUGGUUCUGAUAAAUAAGUCUUAGAAACCCGAAAAUUUCAUGUUUGGACAAGAGCUUUAUUGUAUUCCCGUGACAUGUGGGCAACGCACUCAGGACUCUUUUAAUGAGAUACAAAUUAUUGGGUAA